AUUUUUAGGACACUGUGGAGGGUGAGUGUAACGUGAUGAUGGAGACAUCCUUUGAGAAGUUGUAUGAGAAGGUUGACCUAACUUUAUUGAACCAACUGUUACAUACGUCUCAUCGUUGAUCAUAACAUUGCUGAUUACGUGGCAGCAAAGAACAACAUGGUCAUCAAUUAUAAGGACAUGAAUCACAGUAAUUCUUACGGUAUUAUAAGAGGACUCCAGUUUGCCUCAUUCAUAGUACAGUAUUACGGGUUGGUUCCUGAUCUAUUGGUAUUGGGCCAGGGAAAUGGCCGGACCUCCUCAGCUACCAAACGAUUUCUUAACAUAUCAAGACAUGGACACCGAGGCUGUUCCCCGAUUAGAUUAUACUCACGUUAUAUUGACAGGGUACAUGUAUUCUUCAGGUUUUCAGCUGAUGAUUUUAAAGACCUCAUGCAGCGUUACCUGAUGGAGCACCCUGACCCUAAUGAUGAGAACAGUGUCGGAUACAAUAACAAGAAGUGCUAGCCGAGGGACUUCAGAAUGAGACUAAUGAAGCAUGACGUCAACCUAGAUAUAAUGGACGCCACAACUACACAGAAGUACUGGGUGGGUGUACAGUUAAGGUGGGGUGACUAUGAUUCUCAUGAUGUUGAAAGAUGCUCGUGCCUAGUUCCUUGACUACACCACUGACAACAUGUUGUAUUUAUCCAUCACCAACUGGGGCUAUGAUUGGCAUUGAUCUGGUUUAUAAUUUACACAGUGCCUUUGGAAGUUGGAUCCCAGGAAUGAAACCUUAUAUCCAGCAGGCCAUGUCUAAGAUAAUGAAAGCUAAUCCUGUUCUUUAUGUAUUGAGAGAGGAUAAGGAAGGCACUCCAGCUGUACUCUUCAGAGCCAACUGAGCCUUACAUGUACACAUGUACAUGUAUCUGUCGUCACAAAAUUAUGGAGAAUUAUUCUCAAAUCAAAUCUUUUGGUUUGUUGAUGAUACUAACGUGUAUCAAGUUAUCAUUUAUAAGGUAAUUUAACGACAAAGCCGAUUAAUGGAGCCAUUUUUAUAUUCAAUCCAUGUACUGGACAGCUCUUUUUAAAGAUUAUCCAUACUUCAGUUUGAUGGGGACAAAAGCGCCUGGGGCAGAAGACAGCACAAGAAGUGGCAGCUCUCAUUUGGUCGCUACCAGUGGAACCCAAACAAAUUGUUACUAGAAAAGGAAUGCUUGAUCCACUAGAGGUACACUUGUUGGAUUUUCCUAAUAUAGUCAUAAAAGGUAGUGAUUUGCAGCUGCUGUUUCAAGCCUGUUUAAAGGUAGAGAAGUUAGGUGUUCUUACAAUGUAUAUUGAAGGCCACUGAACCUCAGAUGGUAUUGCUCAAUUUAUGUGAUGACUGGUUGAAGAACAUACCAUCAUACACUAUACUACAUACACACAUGGAUAUGAAACAGAAAGUCGGUAUCCAAUUAACUCUUUGAAGUUCACCUGUAAACGUCAUAACCAGCAUAGCUCUAUCCUUGGCGCUUUUCUCUCUGUCUAUGUUUUCAAGAAUUUUCUUGACUCACUUAUUUUUGUGAAAGAAGGCCUCAUGUUUACAUGACAAAAUUAGAAGACCUCCAUUUUUAUUUGUAACCACCUUUUCUAGACUCUCGAACAGAGUUAGCUAGUAAGUCUUGGAAUCAUAAUAGUGUAUUGUUUGUUACAUAGACUGAAACUAUUCUCGUGUCAAUGUAAUGAGAAAUGACUGAGAUAAUAGCCAAAAACUAGUUUUUUUAAUAUUAAUUUUGUAACCACCUUUUUGAGACUUCUGCACCAGGUAUGAACAAGUUACUACUUUGAGUGUAUUCAUUAAGGUCUCUUAUAUAGACUGUUUAUGGUUUCAUUAGGCCUGGGUUUCUCGAGUCGGGCCUGGGUUUCUCAAGUCGUGUCUCAUAGAUAGAGCUAGUGCUUUUCUCAUGAUAAAUCUGGAUUAGUUUGAGAGCGGUUCGACAGCUUAGACUAUCAAAACCAUGCCUCCUAAGAAGAAGGGGUCUAGUUCUAGUCAGACCAACAGUGGUGCUGGUUCAGGCUCAAAGAAACCCACCUGCCAUGGGGCCAGCAAGAGCUCUGGAUUUAUCUGCCCCAUUUGUGAUGACGAUAUCAUCGAUGAAACCCAGCAAUCUGUGAUGUGUGAUGGCCCCUGCGCCUCAUGGUUACACAGAGGUUGUGCUGGUCUUUCACGAGUUGCAUUCUCGAAACUUGAAGGCUCCGAUAAUCCAUUUCUCUGUACUCGCUGUUGCUUAGAGGCUCAAUCUAUUGAGAUCAUAUCACUUAAGGAGUCUUUGGCAGCUUUGUCCAGUCAAUUGAACUCCUUACAACAAACCCUGUCCUCUCGUAGUCAACCAAUUGAGGCUCUCUCCACUGAAAUCAUCCAAAUCAAGAAUAGAUUAGAAGAAGCUCCUUCCUUCCCUCCCUCUAUUCACAUUUCCCAUUCUUCGCCUACAUCUGGGGUUGCUCCGCAAACUAAUGUCCCUGGUACAGUUGGUAAGAAAGCCAUCCCUUCUGUUACGGAUCGCAAAUAUAACAUUGUUGUCUUUGGUAUUACUGAUGAACCCUCUCAGGGUACUCCACGGGUAACACGAAUCAACUCAGAUAUAGAGAGAGUUACUGAAGAACUAACUCAGUUGGCAACUACAUCGGGAUUUUCGUUUCAAGUACGUGACUGUCAUCAUCUGGGUCAGUAUCGACCAAACUCGACUAAAUCACGGCCUCUCCUGGUCACCUUGAGCUCAACUAUUCAAGUCUCAAAUAUUCUCUCGAACUGCCAUCACUUGUCUGGUGUUGUCUCUGUUCGCCCCGAUUUAUCUGCCUCAGAACGAAGAGAACGUGGGAUCCUGAUGAAGGAAAGAUGGAAACUUGUUAAUGCUGACAUCGACAGGAGGCCCAUCAAAGUGAAGGGAUCAGGGCUAUAUGUGAGUGGUAAUUUAACAGGGAAAGUGUUAAAUGGGGUGUUCCAAGUGACACAGGGCCUAGGUGCUAAAGCACCUCAGCUUUAUUCUAUUUUGAACAACCAGAAUCAGUCUAUUUCAGUUAACUCCAACAGUACCUCUGACCAGUCAGAUAUAAUACCGUAG